AGAAGAGAAAAGCACUUUCUCUCAAGUUUAACGGCGAGUAGCAGCGGCAACAGAAGCAGCAAUGAGAUUCUGUGUAUUCUUCGCUGUGUUGCUCGGACUGGUGCUGAGCCUUUCAAGCCGAGACAACAAACAUGACACUUACUGCUAACAAUACAACAGAAGGAACCACAGAUACAACUGUGUCAUCUCCUGCUACAACUCCAACAGAAGAGACAAGCGUGACACCUACUGCUAGCUCUACAACAAAUGCAUCAGAAGAGACAACAAGCGUGACACCUACUGCUAACUCUACAACAAAUGCAACAGAAGAGACAACAAGCGUGACACCUACUGCUAACUCUACAACAAAUGCAACAGAAGGAAACAUAACUACAACAACUGUGACACCUGCUGCUACAACUCCAACAAAACCAUCAUCAGCAGAUCCAUGCAAACCAAAUCCUUGCGGAACAAAUUCGGCUAAAUGUAUUUCUCUGCAUUCCGACUAUGUCUGCGAGUGCCCCUAUGGAUUCUACUACGACAGCAGUACUUGUUAUCCAGGGAAAAUAUUCCCAGGGACCAUUACACUGGCAGGAACUUACCCUAAGGAUAUUGAAACUGUAAAUUCCUCACUGUAUCAACAGAUGUCCGAAAAUUUAACAGCUUUUUUUGAGGCAGCAUUUAACUUAACAGACUACAAACAGACUGUCAUCGUGAAAGUUCAAGUUACUACAGGAAACACCAGAAGUGAAAAUUCUGGAGUGAGCAUAACAGUGAUGAACAUAUUUGAGAAAAACACAAAUGAAACCACCGAAACAGUUACUGGUCUAAUAAUGGCAGAAGCAAACAGGUCCAACUCCACGUAUCUCUACAGCAAGACAAGCCAUUGUGCUGUUUUUGAUUGUGAUAGUGCAACCACAGAAUGUCAAGAAAGUGAGUAUCCAGAAUGCAAGUGCAAAAACGGUUUAUCAAAGACAGAGUGGGAUGAUCGUUCUUGUUCAGAUUGCAGUAGUGACUGUUCUGCAAAUAACAACAAGUACUGUGCCAAAGCAAAUGGGGUUCCACAAUGCUAUUGCAUGACUAACUUUAAGGAGGAGGGCGAAAAAUGUGUAAGCUGUCCAGUGGGCUACUCUGGACAGAACUGUGAGAACAAUUUUGAACUCAUCCUUAUAAUAGUGGGCACAGUUCUUGGAGCCAUUAUCCUGUGUUUAGUGGUAGCAGUCUCAGUUGUUUCAGUAAGAGCCAAACACAGUAAAGAUCCAGAGAAAAAGAGCUUGAUAAAGCCAGGACAUUCCAAUCCUGAUACCUCUAGUGAGACCAGGAUCUUCCCCAGAGUCCAGACCACUUCUGGCCAUGGAAAUCCAGGGUAUCAGCCAAACCCGUAUGAGGCUCGUUCCUCAAACAGGAAUCGUUUUUUGGACGGGGAUUAUGAUGAUGUGUAUGACAUGUCACGGGAGCCUGAGGGCUUUAGGAUGCAACGCAGAUAACUAAGUGGCCAGAGUGGCAGAAGGAUGGAUGACCACCGCAACAGUGGGUCAGACCAAAGAGUUUCACAGCCUCUUACCAGUGCAGUUAUUUCAGCAGCAGAGACAAAGUCCUUAACACCAGAUUCUCUGAAGAUUUUCUAAAUGAAGGCUUCUACUUGAAGGAGAACAGUGGGCAAUAGCUCUCUGAAAUAAAGGAAAAUAAAAAUUAAGCAGAAGGUAGGGAGAAGAUGAUGAUUUCGAAAUCUAAAAGCGUCCUGUAAACAUUAAACUCCCUUCAGAAGGCCAGUGCAUUGAUGAGAAAGUGAGUGUAGACAAGAUACCAGGAUUUUAAUCCUGCUGUUAUUCUGUUCUUGUGAAAGAUGGUCACUGCAACACGUGUGAUAUUGAUAAAUGUCAGCUCCCAGAGCUUUGCCUAUAUCACUCCAUUGCAGCUAAACGCUACCUGUGUAGCUGUGGGCAGAUCAAAGCAAUAUCAAAACUGUUCUUCAUGAGAACCUAUCACUCUCUGUACUAUAUAAGAUACAGUCUUUUUUCCCCUACUCAACCCCAUAGUAUUUCCCAUCUGAAAGUAUUCGGUUCAAAUCUCUGCUGACACUUGUGUGAGACAAUUGUACUGUCUGACCGCUUAUGCAGCCUUCCUUCCAAAUACAACAACAAAACCCUGUAACUUCAAACACUUUUUUUCUCCAUUUUGCAUAAGUACAUUGGUUGUUUGUGGAAAGCAUUACCAUUAUAUUUUUCCCUCUUGCACUCUGUAAGUUUUGAUGGAAUCAUCUUGAGUCUUUAUUUUUCAUUACUUAUGUACACUCAAUAGAUACUGUAAAAAAUCCAUAUUUUACCAUAUUUUUCUGAGUGUGCAUAUCAUUAUCUGUUGACUAGUCAUUGGCAUUUCUUUAUAUAUAUAAUAUACAUAUUGCCCAGAAAUGUACAUAUAUUUAUAGGUUAUGUUCAUUUAAAACAUCAUUAAAUUCUGUAUUAUGUUUUGUGUUUUGCUUUUGUUGUAUUAGAUUAACUUUUCCUAUUAAACAUUGUUGUUUCUCAGUACCAAGCCUUU